CACUCUUCUCUUCCGCUUCCUCCCCCCGCCUUCCUUCUUCCUUCAUCUCUAAUGGCGCUCGCGAAGGAGAGAGGGAUAUACACUCCCCAAUCCCCUGCUUUUAUUCAAGGAUUCGAUACCUCUUCUCUCUCCCGCUACGAUUUCCUUCCCGACAAUCAAAUUUUCCGCAAUCCCAACACCUUCUUGUUCGAAUCGUCAGAUUUCGCCUUCCACGAAUCCCGCCCUCUCAUCAACUUUAAACCAAGCGGCGCCGAUCAUCAUCAGCCGGCGAUCUAUUCGCCGCCGGUUCUCAGCUUCGAGCGAGAUGUCGAUUACAAAGAGAAUUCCGUGAGUUGGAUCGAUUCGAUGGAAGAUGAGAAUGAUACGAUCGAUCGGCUCAGAUGGAAGAACUGUGACGCGAAUUGUUUCAGGAAUGAAGGUGAUGGAUUUGGGAAGAUGACGGGAUUGAGCAAAGGAGCUAAUUUUAUGGGUUGUGAGAUGAGGGCUUCAAAGAAGCAUGGUGGUGGGAUGAAGAGGCAGGCGAAGGCUAAGAUGAGUUCGUCCAAGGAUAUACAGAGUGUUGCCGCGAAGAAUCGCAGGGAGAGGAUCAGUGAAAGGCUUAAAAUCUUACAAGCUCUCAUCCCAAACGGCACAAAGGUUGAUUUGGUUACAAUGCUAGAGAAAGCCAUAAGUUAUGUGAAAUUCCUGCAAUUACAAGUAAAGGUGUUAGCUACUGAUGAGUUCUGGCCUGCACAAGGAGAAAGAGCACCUGACAUUUCUCAAGUGAAGGAAGCCAUUGAAGCAAUCUUAUCUUCUCAUAGAGAAAGGAAUUCAAGCUCUAGUUAAGAAAUAUGCUCCUCAAAGCUUCAAAAAUUGAAGAAAUAAAUCUGAAAUUAAGUAAUUUCAUUUUUUUUUUUUGUAAUUUAUCACUUUUUUUUGUAAUUUGCAAAGGAAUUGUAAUGUUU